GCUGCGGGAGGGAGCAUCGGCAGGGAGCGCGUAGCCCGUCAGAGCCGCCGAGCCGCCGACAUGCACGCGAUGAACGACCCGAGCGCUGCGCUCGCCGGCAUGCUGCCCUUCGACUCGAUCGGACUCUACGAGCAGCCCAAGCCGCGCUUCAUCUUCAAGAUGCCGCGCGUCGUUCCGGACCAGAAGGCGAAGUUCGAGGCGGAUGAGCUGUUCAGGAGACUCAGUCGAGAGAGCGAGGUGCGGUAUACUGGCUACCGGGACCGACCACUGGAAGAGAGGCAGGCCCGCUUCCACAACGGCUGUCGUGAGGGGCACACGGAAAUCGCGUUCGUGGCGACGGGCACCAACAUCCAGCUGGUGUUCAACCCCAGCACCAACGGCUACAGCACGGCGGACCCGGGCCGCGAGUGCGACUUCGAUAAGGAGCACGGCAAGGUGCACCUGCGGUCGCACUUCAUCAUGAACGGCGUGUGCGUGAGGUGGCGAGGAUGGAUCGACCUGGAGCGCCUGGACGGAGUCGGCUGCCUCGAGUACGAUGAGGAGAGAGCACAGCUGGAGGAUUCGAUGCUGCGUGACCAGAUCGAGCGCUACAACCAGCGGCUGCGAGACUUCGAGGAGAAGCAGAGGGCGUACCGCCAGCACCAGGAGCGGCCCACCGACCCCGACCUCGAGCUGCGGAUGGGCGGCGGUUUGGGCGGCCACCACCAGGUGUCGGGGCGGUGCCACGGCGGCGCGACACGCGCCAGCCAGCGCGCCGCAUGGGAACGCUCGAGCCGCACCGCCCACCCUCACUGA